CCUCGAAGUAGACGCUCCAUGCGCCAUUUGUACGAAUGCGCAAUGGUGCCGCUUAGGUGAUGGGCGUCGAUCUUUGUAAUCGGAGCUCUCACGUCCUCCGCGCAGAGCUUUUGGCUUUGGCCAGCGAAAAAACACCACAAUGCCUCCUCGCGAGACAUCCCCGCUGCUCCCUAAGCCAGCGCUGCAGCCCGUGUCACCGCAUCCUAUUGACGCGGAUAGAAACAUUGCGCCCGAAGAGGUUUAUCAGGAUGCAGUUGCGGGUGCGACAGGAGGCGACAUCGAGAGGCAGAUCAGCAAUGGCGAUGCGUCGAAGCACCAGGGCAUGCCAGACGUUAGGAAGCGCAUGAAGUAUAUUUUUCCAGCGAUAUGUAUAGGAGUCUUUCUCUCGGCUGCGGACCAGACCCUCGUCGUCUCCACCUACGGCACCAUCGGUACGGAGCUGCACGCGCUGAACCUAACCUCGUGGAUCGCCACCGCCUACUUUGUCACGCUCACUGCCUUCCAGCCGCUGUACGGCAAGCUCAGCGAUAUCUUCGGACGAAAGUCAUGCCUCCUCUUCGCGUACGUCGUGUUCGGGCUCGGAUCGACUCUGUGCGGGCUGGCUAGAAAUAUUGGCGAGUUAAUCGCGGCAAGAGCGUUCGCGGGCGUCGGUGGCAGCGGCAUGACCACCAUCACGUCGAUUCUGAUGAGCGAUGUGGUGAGCCUUAGGGAUCGAGGUACAUGGCAGGGCUAUUUGAACAUCAUCUACGCGGCCGGGGCUGCUGCAGGAGCGCCAUUGGGAGGCUUGCUCGCAGACAGCAUUGGCUGGAGAUGGGCUUUUAUGGCCCAGGGACCAAUGUGCUUGGUCGCGGUUGCAGCGGUUGCACUUGUGCUGCAUCUGCCGAAAAACGAUGACUCGCAUUGGCUGCAGAAGCUCACCAAGAUCGACUUUUUGGGAGCCUUCAUCAUCCUAGUGGCAGUCACGGGUGUUCUAGUUGGGUUGGAUCACGGCUCGAAUGUGGGCUGGAAUAAUCGGAUCACCAUUGCAGGCUUAUGCAUGAGCCCUCUCUUUAUCAUUUUCAUCCUCGUCGAGAAGUACAUUGCAAGCCAUCCCCUCGCGCCGCUCCGAAUCAUCCUCAAUCGCACCCUCUUCGCGUGCUACCUGUGCAACUUCUUCUCUUUCGCGGGCUGGCUGUCGGCUCUGUUCUUCAUACCACUGUACUGGCAGGUCAUCGCAGAUCUCUCUGCCUCGAAAGCCGGGCUCCUCUUAGUCCCCUGCAUUAUCUGCGGCGUGACCGGUUCGCUCUGCGGCGGAAUAUACAUGAAGAAAACAGGCAAGUACUACUGGAUCACAGUGAUUGGGUACUCAAAUCUCGUCCUUGGCCUGGCGAUAGUCCUGCUCUUCGCGGGUCUUGUCAAGGAAUAUAUUCCAGCUAUGGUGGUGGGAACGUGCAUCACUGCGUUCUGCAACGGCAUAGGCGUCACCACCACUCUAAUCGGACUGAUUGCGAAUGCAAAGCACAAGGACCAGGCCGUUGCUACUGCGUGCUCGUACUUGUUUCGCUCGCUCGGUUCGGUAUUCGGGAUCUCUAUGUGCGCCACUGCGUUUAAUCAGACGCUGCGGAAGACGUUGGAAACCGCGCUCAGUGGGGAUGAAAAUGCGAGGGAGAUUGCAGAGCGCGUGCGUUCGUCGCUGGCGUACUUUCGCAAUCUCGAACCGGAGCUGAAAGAGAUAGUGCGGGAGUGCUACAGCAAGAGUGCGAGGGCUGCACUGGCUGUGAGCUUGGGCUUGGUUGUGGGGAGCGCCGUGUUCGCGUGGUUCAUCAGGGAGAAGAGGCUUGGAAAGUAGGAGAGAUAGCAUGUACGAAGCAGACAAGAGCAAUCACUCAGAAAGUUCACGGUCAUACACCUACUGCGAACUGUAUCCUGUAUCCCACGCAGAAUAUUGCAUCG